UGUGUGUGUGUGUGUGUGUGUGAUCGUCCGAUCGAUGCAAUGCUGCUGCCUUUCCUUUCUGCCCUGGGCAGAGAAUCCCUCUCGGAUCUUGACCUCACCCCAUCGCUCUUUGCCCACCAUCUAUCUGUCUUCCUCGCUCUGGCCGGUUUUCGACUGCCUACACUACAUCCUCCAUCCCUCUGGACCCUUCCAAGUGUCACCGCUUCCGUCCCCCCCCUGGUCCGGCCAGGACAUCCCUUGCUUCACCAAGCCCCAACUGAACGGCACGCGCCGAGGGGACGCCCUGUCCUGAGACCCUUCACCGAGAGGCACUGCCGUCUUACAUAGUAACGCAGUGUCGCUCGCCGACCAUGGCACUCCGGGAAAACACCACAAGGUGUAGUGAUCGGCAGGUAUCCCGCCAAUGCCCCUCCCCUCCCCGGAGAAGGGCUGUCUCUCGUCAGCAUCAGCCCCCCCCUCCCCUUCCUCAAGUCUCAAGAGCCGUGUUGAAGUGACACAAAGAAAUCUCCCUCACUCAGCCUUGCUGGCCGCUCAGGAUCCUCCCGUCUCACCCCUCCGCCCUCCCUUCUCGGCACACCACCCUUGCUCGCCUUCUGGGGGACAUGCGGUCGAGCUGAUGGUCCACGCUUCGGCCUUUGCCAUAUGAAAACCAUCCCCUAAUGACCACAUCAUCGUCUCGUCACCUGCCGGCAAACACAGCGCCGUAUUGCAAGGUCGCACACCAGUUAUUACUCUCUUCGUCGCCACUCCGUCAGCCGAGCAUGUCGGCUACUGAGAUAUCUCGAGCCGAUGGCUCCCCACCCGGCGACGAGACCCCCCCCCCC